GUUAGCCGCCGCAGAAGUGCCGUCUCAUUCAGCCGCUGCUCGCAGGAUAAAAACCCUCCAACGGAGCAGAACCGGACCCGGUUCGGUCCGACCCGGUCCCCACAGCCCGCGUACUCACCCCGGUGCUGACUUCCUGGCUGGUCCAGUCCGGGGCCAGGUCGCUGUUGGACGAAACUUUCUGUCCAAAGUACGGCAUCAUUGUUGCUGCUGCCGCCAUCUUGUCUCUGUUAGUAUGAACUGGACGCACGGCGCAUGCGCUGUUAUUGAAGAAACCGCCGUUAACGUGAGCGAUUAGCGUUUUGCAUGAGUUACCGACAAAAUCACCGACACAUCUGUAAUUAAACAGCACGAUAGAUUUCAGUACAUAUUUUUCUCUUUCCAAUAUGAGUCAAACGCAAACACAUAAAACUCUGAAACAGUUUUGUUGCGGCUUGUGAGCGGACACCUCUGCAGCGGGGUCCUGAGCUCCGCAGGAACCAGGAAGAGAAGAUGACGGUCCAUAACUUGUACAUAUUUGACCGUAACGGCAGCUGUCUGUAUUAUAAUGAAUGGAACCGCAAGAAGCAGGCGGGGAUCUCCAAGGACGAGGAGUUUAAGUUGAUGUAUGGGAUGCUGUUCUCCAUCCGCUCCUUCGUCAGCAAGAUGUCUCCUGUGGACAUGAAGGAGGGCUUCCUGUCCUUUCAGACCAGCAAGUAUCGUCUUCAUUACUACGAGACUCCCAGUGGACUGAGGUUCGUCAUGAACACAGACCUGUCUGUCCCCAACGCCAGAGAGACGCUGCAGCACAUAUACAGCAACCUGUAUGUGGAGUACAUCGUGAAGAACCCGGUGUGCGUGCUGGGUCAGAGUUUGGACAGCGAGCUGUUCAGCAGCCGGCUGGACGCCUUCGUCAGAGCGCUGCCGUACUACAGCCCGCGGGCCGCCUGACGCACACUGUUACUGUGGUUACUGUGAACAUGUCGUCUGAUGUUUUGUUGAUCAUUAAAGUGAAGCAUGAAGCCGG